AUGGCGGACAGCAAAAUUGUGGUUUCUGGAACGGUUGAUGAAUUUCAAAAAAAUGUUGGCUCGCUUAUAUUCCGCGUUGUUGCAGACGCAUUGAAGGAGCGCGAUUGUGCUACAGUUGGUGUAUCGGGUACGAAAGCCAUUGCCGACGGCUUUUUUACUAGAAUUCUUAAUGUUUUGGUUAUGGAAGGUGGCUCUAUGCCGAAACUUGUUGCGCCACUGCUUUGUUCCGAAACUACAAUUGACUGGGACAAGGUCAGGUUUUUUGCUGUAGAUGAGCGUAUGGUGCCUAUUGAGGACAGCGAAUCAAAUACUGGGGCGUAUUUGCGGCUACUUCCUGAAAAGUUUCAUAAGUCUUUUCUACCGUACGGACCGAUAGAUGAUCCCGAAACGUGUGCAAGAAAUUAUGCUGCAGCACUUCUUCAGUUCAAUCCGCCCAUGUUGAAUGGGAUGCCACAGUUUGACUUACUUUUACUUGGACACGGUCCAGAUGGUCACACUUGCUCGCUGUUUCCAGGGCAUCCACUGUUAAAGAAUGACAAGGAAAUCGUAGCCUAUAUUAAUGAUUCCCCAAAGCCUCCCCCAAGGCGCAUAACUUUGACAAUGCCAGUUGUGAAUAAUGCUCGAAAUGUAGCAUUCAUUUCUUCUGGACAAAAUAAAGCAGAUAUAAUUAAGUCAAUUCUUGAUAAUCGUGAUGAAAAUUUGCCGGCUGUGAUGGUUCGCCCUGUUAAUGGAAGUCUCUUCUGGUUCUUGGACUCUUCUGCAGCUUCGAAGCUAAAACACAAAUAA